AGAGAGAGAGAGAGAGAGAGAGAGAGAGAGAGAGAGAGAGAGAGAGAGAGAGAGCUCAUUAAACAAAUCAGUAUCUGGGUUUAGGCUUCAAAUGAUCUGAUAUCCGAUAGUAGCCCUUAUCUUCCCGUUGCAUAAGGAACCUCAAUCCUAGACCCCGUUAAAAAAGUGUCGACACAGACUGAACAAAGAUCAUUGUAAGGGAUCACAAGUACCUAAUAAAUGAACAACCACAGCUAACAACCCCUUAUAAAGCAUUACAAAAAUGAUAACAAGAUCACCAAAAGCACAGAAAACGCGCACACAAGCGAUUGUAGGUACAAUCUGGCCUCUGAACCUACUCAUCAACGACACUAAUUACCCACAAUCACGACCAAUAACUGCGAUAAUAACUGUGAUUAUCGUCUUUAAUAAGCACACUUAUUUUGAAGACCCGUCUACCCCGGUGUCUCCCGAUCACUUUCUUGAAUCAGUUAUCAUAAUUUGUUAUCUCAAGUAAGGUAAUUCAGGGUUGCGGCUUCACCUUUCACAGAAAGUUUGCCGAGAGCUGACGACGAUGACUCUAAGUGGGACUCUGAUGACAAGGCCUUGACGCUCAAGGGAUAACUUUGGCGUCACGGGAGCGUACGCAGCCGCCGUAAUUAGUAGAGAUAGAGAGAGGUGUUCAGGUGGCCUUUUCACCCGUUCAGCAUGGCUACAACUGUUUCCAGCAUGGCUACAACUGUUUCCAGCAUGGCUACAACUGUUUCCAGCAUGGCUACAACUGUUUCCAGCAUGGCUACAACUGUUUCCAGCAUGGCUACAACUGUUUCCAGCACGGCUACAACUGUUUCCAGCAUCGCUACAACUGUUUCCAGCAUGGCUACAACUGUUUCCAGCAUGGCUACAACUGUUUCCAGCAUGGCUACAACUGUUUCCAGCAUGGCUACAACUGUUUCCAGCAUGGCUACAACUGUUUCCAGCAUGGCUACAACUGUUUCCAGCAUGGCUACAACUGCUUCCAGCAUGGCUACAACUGCUUCCAGCAUGGCUACAACUGCUUCCAGCAUGGCUACAACUGCUUCCAGCAUGGCUACAACUGCUUCCAGCAUGGCAACAACUGCUUCCAGCAUGGCUACAACUGUUUCCAGCAUGGCUACAACUGCUUCCAGCAUGGCUACAACUGCUUCCAGCAUGGCAACAACUGCUUCCAGCAUGGCUACAACUGAUUCCAGCAUGGCUACAACUGCUUCCAGCAUGGCUACAACUGCUUCCAGCAUGGCAACAACUGCUUCCAGCAUGGCUACAACUGCUUCCAGCAUGGCUACAACUGCUUCCAGCAUGGCUACAACUGCUUCCAGCAUGGCUACAACUGCUUCCAGCAUGGCUACAACUGCUUCCAGCAUGGCUACAACUGCUUCCAGCAUGGCAACAACUGCUUCCAGCAUCGCUACAACUGUUUCCAGCAUGGCUACAACUGCUUCCAGCAUGGCAACAACUGCUUCCAGCAUCGCUACAACUGUUUCUAGCAUGGCUACAACUGCUUCCAGCAUGGCUACAACUGCUUCCAGCAUGGCUACAACUGCUUCCAGCAUGGCAACAACUGCUUCCAGCAUCGCUACAACUGUUUCCAGCAUGGCUACAACUGCUUCCAGCAUGGCUACAACUGCUUCCAGCAUCGCUACAACUGUUUCCAGCAUGGCUACAACUGCUUCCAGCAUGGCAACAACUGCUUCCAGCAUCGCUACAACUGUUUCUAGCAUGGCUACAACUGCUUCCAGCAUCGCUACAACUCCUUCUAGCAUGGCUACAACUGUUUCCAGCAUGGCUACAACUGUUUCCAGCAUGGCUACAACUGUUUCCAGCAUCUCUACAACUGCUUCCAGCAUGGCUACAACUGUUUCCAGCAUGGCUACAACUGUUUCCAGCAUCUCUACAACUGUUUCCAGCAUGGCUACAACUGCUUCCAGCAUGGCUACAACUGCCUCCAGCAUCGCUACAACUGCUUCCAGCAUGGCUACAACUGCCUCCAGCAUGGCUGCAACUACAACUCCACCCCUACAAGUAUCACCACAAUUAUAACUACUAAUCCGUCGUUACCAAUCAGGUGAUCAAUCUUUUCAUAAAAUACUCAAAUACAUUAGCGUAGUAUCCUAUUACCAAUCCUACUAAUAAUUGUAUUCCAAAUACAACCAUUACUGCUGUCAUUACAACAAUUACAACCUCUGGUAUUAUGUUAUUAAUAAAGACUUUUAUUACUUUUUCGGUCGCUUGUAAUGUAUUCGGUUAGGCAUUUUUCUUGCAUGUAAUAUUUGCUGUAUUAAUAAUGCUGCUACAGGCGCUGAGAUAUAUGCUGCUAUGUAUACGCAUCUUCACAGUACUAUGUAUACAGCAUCUUCACAGUAUUAUGUAUACAGCAUCUUCACAGUACUAUGUAUACAACAUCUUCACAGUACUAUGUAUACAGCAUCUUCACAGUACUAUGUAUACAGCAUCUUCACAGUACUAUGUAUACGCAUCUUCACAGUACUAUGUAUACGCAUCUUCACAGUAUUAUGUAUACAGCAUCUUCACAGUACUAUGUAUACGCAUCUUCACAGUAUUAUGUAUACAGCAUCUUCACAGUACUAUGUAUACGCAUCUUCACAGUACUAUGUAUACGCAUCUUCACAGUACUAUGUAUACAGCAUCUUCACAGUACUAUGUAUACAGCAUCUUCACAGUACUAUGUAUACAACAUCUUCACAGUAUUAUGUAUACAGCAUCUUCACAGUACUAUGUAUACAACAUCUUCACAGUACUAUGUAUACAACAUCUUCACAGUACUAUGUAUACGCAUCUUCACAGUACUAUGUAUACAGCAUCUUCACAGUACUAUGUAUACAGCAUCUUCACAGUACUAUGUAUACGCAUCUUCACAGUACUAUGUAUACAGCAUCUUCACAGUACUAUGUAUACAGCAUCUUCACAGUACUAUGUAUACAACAUCUUCACAGUACUAUGUAUACAGCAUCUUCACAGUACUAUGUAUACAGCAUCUUCACAGUACUAUGUAUACAGCAUCUUCACAGUACUAUGUAUACAGCAUCUUCACAGUACUAUGUAUACAGCAUCUUCACAGUACUAUGUAUACAGCAUCUUCACAGUACUAUGUAUACAGCUUCUUCACAGUACUAUGUAUAUUGUGUUUUACAGCAACCAACAUCUACAAUGUUAUUAUUUUUAUUAACUAUACUGGUA